AGUUGGAUGUACGAUUUAAUAAGCAAUUGUACCCAGAGUUGGACUGGCUAAUCCAUGCCAAAAAUUUUAUGAUCAGUGAUAUGGAUGAUUCACCUAUGAUUUUUCCACGGUUUACGACAAUAGACUGGGCAGUGUGCAUGCCAUCAUCUUGUUCUGCCAAAGAUUUAGAAAAUGAACUGAAGAAAGUUUUCAAAGGAUUUGCUACCAAUAUUAGAGUCCAAGAACAACAGUGUUCUACAGAAAUCCAACCAAAUCAGGGAGAAAUGACACCUGGAAGAAUAUUUGCAUAUUGCUUUUUUGGCAGUAUAAUAUUGAUGACAAUUUUGAGUACUUUGAUUGAUGGUGACUAUUUGGAGGAAGAAGAACACAGCACUUUCAAAAGACUACUAUUAGCAUUUUCACUGCAAAGAAAUAUAAACAAAGUAUUCAAACCCACUGAAUCCAAAAAUGCAGUAAAAGCUGUCAAUGGUUUAAGAUGUUUCAACACCAUUUGUCUCAUAUUCAUCCACAAAGCAAUAGCUCUUUUGCAUCAACCUUACUCAAAUCGAACAGGAAUGGCAGAGUCGUUAGGAAGACCAUGGACCGUUAUUGGAAGAACAGGGAUGUACCAUACUGAUUCCUUUUUGUUGAUCAGUGGUUUACUAAAUGCUCAUGCUCUCACAGGAGAUUUGAUCAACAAGGGAAAAAUUCCUAUAGCCAACAGAGUUAUAUCAAGAUUAUUUAGGAUUAUUCCAAAUUUACUUGCCAUUAUGCUGUUUUGUACGUAUAUAAUGCCAGAUUUGGAUUCUGGACCACAGUGGAAUUUGUUGAUCAGACAGCAUGCUGAACUUUGCAAAGAUAAUAUGUGGAAAAACUUACUUUUCAUACAAAAUUAUAUGGGAUUCAAUAAUAUAUGUCUGGCCCAUACUCAUCAGCUAGGUACAGAUAUGCAAUUAUUUUUGGCAACACCUCCAUUGAUAUGGGCAGUAUGGAAAUGGCCAAAAAAGGCGCUUUUGAUAACAUGUAUAAUCGCAAUUUUAUCUACUGUUUUACGCUAUGUGGUGACAUUGCAAAAUCGUUUGGCACCUAUGACCUACUUUGGUAUGCCGAAUUCAAAGUUCUCUGAGACCUCAGAUUUAUCAUAUACACUGCCUGAUCAUCGUGCAACCCCAUAUCUGGCUGGAGUUGUCCUUGGAUACCUAAUCAGGCGUGGAUACAAUCGACUCAACAUCACAAAGACUCAAAUUAAAUAUUGCUGGUUCAUAGCAGUGGUGGUAAUGUUGAUACCGAUGAUAGGGCCUUAUCAAAUAGCAGAUCAACACUACGCCUAUUCGGCCCAAGAUGCAGCCCUGUACAGCGCUUUUGCUCCACUGACUUUCGGGGCUUUUAUUGCCUGGACAAUUUCAGCAACAAACUGUGGAAGAGCAGGUUGGUUUGGAAGAUUUUUGGAUUGGAGGGGAUUUAAAAUAUUAACAAAUUUAUCCUAUGGCAUUUAUCUCACACAAUUCCCAGUAUUUUUCUAUAAUAUUGGUCGAAUCCGAACUCCAGAACAUUUCACUGUGGGAGCCCUAAUAAAUAUCACAGAGUUAUUAGGAAUUGUAGCAGCAUCAACGAUAAUGGCUGUUUUAGUAGAAUAUCCAUUCUUAGAAAUUAGGAAAAUAUUAUUCGAAAACGUUACAAGAAGAAAACCAAAUCAUACUUUAGUAAAUAAUAAUUCAGUAAUAAGUGAAACUCCAUUAGGUCAAGUAAAAUUAUGCUGGAUUUUAGCAGUUUUGAUCAUUAUUAUUCAAAUGCUGGGUCCUUAUAAAAUUGCAAGUCCCAAGUAUAAAUAUUCAGCAUAUGAUGCUGCAUUUUAUAGUGCAUUUUCGCCUAUAGCAGUUGGUGUCUUUAUUUCUUGGAUAAUUAUAGCUUCUAAUUGUGGUGAAACAGACUGGUUUGGUAAAUUUCUGGAUUGGCAAGGAUUUUGCACAUUUGCCAAUAUUUCUUAUAGCAUUUAUCUAACCCAAUUUCCAGUUUUUUUCUAUGGCAUAGGAAUAAUUCGCACACCACAUUAUUUUACUUUCGAAUCCUUGUUUGUUGGACAAUAUAGAGUGCCAUACACAUAUUUCCACAUGUUUUUAUCACCAACUAAUUUUUACUUCUUCUACCAGUUUAUUGCCUAA